AUGAGGACAACAACAGCUAUCGCAUCGCUAUUGGCAGCUGCAGCAUGCGCCUCAGCCAGCAGCGCUUCUCACCCGGUGCUCGCUUUCACUUCGCAACAAGCUUCCAAUCUUCAGUUGGAGCUUCCUUACGACUCGAGCAUCGACGGCUUUGUCGACACUCUCUUCGCAGCCGGAAAGUCAUCCCCAGCCUGCAAGCUUGACGCUAUUGCCACUGUCUGGGCUGAUCAUCUGGACCGCGACACGUUUGCAAGCUUGCGACACACCUCUUCAGACUCGCUUAGGGCAAGAUCUAUCGGUGCUCCUUCGCAGGUCACUUUCGGUGCUGCUCCAAACACAAACACAACCGCAAUCUUGGUAGAACAUAUUGUGAGCACCUGUCGCUUCGAAGGAUACAGCGUCACUCAGCUGAGUGAUCUAACGCGCAACCAGGAAGUAUCACCACCCGACCAGCAACAAAAGACCUUCCCAUUCGUUGAGAUCUUGGUGCACGAUCUUCCAAGACAAGAGGCUCAACUAUUGAAAGCGUUGGAAUCCCUUGAUGAGAAGAAACCUCGCAACCUGGUCAUGGUGAUGCAGAAUGGCCAAUUGCAUCAACACACAAAGCGUCAGUACGUCGCUGCACCAUCGUCGUCGAGCGGCAACUGGACAGAGCCCACCGGCGGCAUCUUUGCCAGGUAUCAGCUCUUCUCUACACCUCUUAUCUUGACGCUGUUGCUGGUGGGUGGCGUCUUGCUUCCCAUCGUCUACUUUGCCGUGGCUCAGCUCGCUCAGGUACAGACACCAGACCAAAUGGGUGUCCGCAAAGAUCCCAUCUCGGGCGAAAAGAAGUCUCAGUAG